CGCCUCCUUCCUCUUUCCUCCUCCUCCCCUCCUCGGCCCUUCCUUCCCUUCUUCCCUCGGCGGCGGCGGCGGCGGCUAGCAAUCGCGAGGAGGAGAAGAUGGUGAAGAAGAGCAAGAAGAGCAAGAGCAAGCGCGUGACGCUGCGGCAGAAGCACAAGGUGCUCCGCAAGGUGAAGGAGCACCACCGCAAGAAGCGCAAGGAGGCCAAGAAGGAAGGGAAGAGCCACAGGAAGAAGGUCGAGAAGGACCCCGGGAUCCCCAACGAGUGGCCCUUCAAGGAGCAGGAGCUCAAGGCCCUCGAGGCCCGCCGCGCGCAGGCGCUCCAGGAGCUCGAGCUCAAGAAGGAGGCGCGCAAGGAAAGGGCUAGGAAGAGAAAGCUUGGAUUGCUUGAGGACGAGGACAUUGCUAAUUUGGCCUCUGCAGCUUCUGCUCAGGGCAGCGAGUUUGCAGAGAAGGAUGCAGCAAAGGAGAAUGCCUCUUUAGACGUGGUUAAGAGCCAAGAUCAUUCAGAGAGAGCCUUCUACAAGGAGCUUGUUAAAGUUAUUGAAGCGUCUGAUGUCAUUCUUGAGGUUCUCGAUGCCAGAGAUCCACUGGGCACUCGUUGCAUUGACAUGGAAAAGAUGGUCAGGAAGGCUGAUCCCAGUAAACGGAUUGUGCUACUUCUCAACAAGAUAGAUCUUGUUCCCAAGGAGUCAGUAGAGAAAUGGCUUACGUACCUAAGAGAGGAAAUGCCUACUGUCGCAUUUAAGUGCAAUACCCAAGAGCAGAGGACAAAACUGGGAUGGAAAUCAUCAAAGAUUGAUAAAUCAAGCAAUAUCCCACAAAGCAGUGAUUGUCUUGGUGCUGAGAACCUGAUCAAAUUACUCAAGAAUUAUUCCAGGAGUCAUGAGCUCAAACUGGCAAUUACUGUGGGUAUUGUUGGUCUUCCUAAUGUUGGCAAGAGCAGUCUGAUUAACAGUUUGAAGAGGUCCCGUGUGGUUAAUGUUGGGUCCACUCCAGGAGUUACUAGAUCAAUGCAAGAAGUUCAGUUAGACAAGAAGGUGAAGCUGCUAGAUUGUCCUGGUGUUGUGAUGCUGAAAUCUUCCAAUAGUGGUGUAUCUGUGGCCCUUCGCAACUGCAAACGAGUUGAGAAGAUGGAAGAUCCAAUCAGUCCUGUAAAGGAAAUUCUCGAUCUAUGCCCGCACGAGAAGCUGCUAUCCCUUUACAGGGUUCCAACAUUUACUUCAGUGGACGAUUUCCUUCAGAAAGUUGCCACACUCCGGGGGAAAUUGAAAAAAGGUGGUAUAGUGGAUGUUGAAGCUGCUGCAAGAAUUGUACUUCAUGACUGGAAUGAGGGUAAAAUACCCUAUUUUACGGUACCACCUAAAAGGGAUGCUGUAGACGACUCCGAUGCAGUAAUUAUUUCAGAGACUGGGAAAGAAUUUAACAUUGAUGAAAUUUACAAAGCUGAGUCAUCAUAUAUUGGUGGUCUGAAAUCACUGGAGGAGUUCCGUCACAUUGAGAUUCCAUCUAAUGCCCCACCGCAGAUUGACGAAGAGAUGCUAGAGGAUGGCAAGAAGCAGAAUGAACCUGCGCAGGAAAACCAUGAUGAGUCGAUGUCCGAUGCAAAUGAGCGUGAAGGAGCCAAGACGGCCAGCGCGAGCACACAGAAUGACAAGCUGUACACAGCAGAGGGAAUACUUGAUCCUCGCAAGAGGAAAGCCGAGAAGAAGAGGCGCAAGGCAAACAAGUUCAGCGUGCUGACCGACAUGGAUGCAGACUACGAUUUCAAGGUGGAUUAUCAGAUGAAGGAUGCCCUGGCCGAAGAGGGCAACGAUGGUGGAGAUGAGGAGCCCAAGGAAGCUGACCCUAUGACUGGUGUCGAUGAUGCGUGAACUGAUGGAACUCGGCAGAUUGAGAAUACGAAGUAGAUCAUAUAAUUAUAAUAUGAUGGUGGACUGCCAUCCCAAGUUUUGUACCCUAUUAGUUGAAUGAGAGAAGAUAAUGGACGCUGCUUGAUUCACAUAGCCACUGAGCUGGAAUCAGAAUUUUUUGCCCAUAUGCAUGCAAUGGUUGCAAAAUUGCAAACCAUCUUCCAGCGAUCA